GCCUCAGGGUCUGUGGAACCCUCUCUGUCUGCAGUUCCCAGACAAAGCCUCAGCCUUUCCAAAGAUGGCCUGGAGACAGCUGUUCCUGAUCUCCUGUCUCUCGGCCAUUGUGGUCCUGUCCACGCUGCGAGAGGGGAUCGCUGCGUCGGUGGGCACCAGGCAGCCGGCAGGACAAGAGGUGCAGGCAGGUGUGGAAGAGAUUUUCAUGCAGGAAUUAGAUGCCCUGAAUUUCCUCAAGAAGCGCGGCAAGCGGUCUCCCAAAUCCCGAGAUGAGGUCAAUGCGGAAAACAGGCAGAAGCUGCAGGUGGAUGAGCUGCGAAGAGAGUAUCAGGAGGAACAAAGGAAUGAGCUUGAGAACUUCGUGGAGGAGCAAAACGAUGAGCAGGAAGAGAGAAGCCGCGAGGCCAUCGAGCAAUGGCGCCAGUGGCAUUACGAUGGCCUGUACCCAUCCUAUCUCUACAACCGCCACCGCAUCUGACUCUGGCCUGACAGACCCGAAGACAGAGCUG